GUUUACGCUGUAUUAUAUUCUCAUGACACGUGUUUGAUGACGUGGUCAUCGUCUUGGCGCUCCGUUUUUUCUUUCUCUCUCUCUCUCUCUCUCGUCUUCCUUCCUCAAAAGAAAAAACUGAACUCUUUUUCGCUCUGUUUUUUUUUAAAGAGAGAGAGAUUGAAAUGCGUUAAAUUUCUCUUUUACGUAUAAAGUUUCUAGAUUUGUAUUUCUGAGCUAGCUAGCAAGUCCGUUUCGUCUUCUUGGAGAAAGAGCCCAUUGUGUGAAGUGUGGAACGUUUAAGACCAUGGGAAAAAGCGAGGAAUCAAAGUCAACCAAAUCAGACAAACCAUCUUCACCUGUGGAUCAAACAAAUGUUCAUGUCUACCCUGAUUGGGCAGCUAUGCAGGCUUAUUAUGGUCCAAGAGUAGCAAUGCCUCCAUAUUACAACUCAGCUAUGGCUGCAUCUGGUCACCCUCCUCCUCCUUACAUGUGGAAUCCUCAGCAUAUGAUGUCACCAUAUGGAACACCCUAUGCAGCUGUUUACCCUCAUGGAGGAGGAGUUUACGCUCAUCCCGGAUUCCCCAUGGGGUCACAGCCACAAGGUCCGAAGGGUGCACCUUUAACAACUCCGGGGACGCCUUUGAACAUAGACACUCCUAGUAAAUCAACAGGGAACACAGAAAAUGGACUGAUGAAGAAGCUGAAAGAAUUUGAUGGACUUGCUAUGUCUCUAGGCAAUGGGAAUCCUCCUGAAAGUAACGCUGAUGAACGUAAACGCUCAAGGAACAGCUCAGAAACGGACGGUUCAACUGAUGGAAGUGAUGGGAAUACUACUGGGGCUGAUGAACCGAAACUUAAAAGAAGUCGUGAAGGAACUCCAACAAAAGAUGGGAAACAAUUGGUUCAGUCUAGUUCAUUUCAUUCAGUUUCUCAGUCAAGUGGUGAUAACAGUGUAAAGCCUACUGUCCAAGGAGGAGCUGGAGCUAUAGUCCCUGCUGGUGUAAGUGCAAAUUCCAACCCAAUCAUGUCACAAUCUUUAGCCAUGGUUCCUCCUGAAACUUGGCUUCAGAACGAGAGAGAACUGAAACGGGAGAGAAGAAAACAGUCUAAUAGAGAAUCUGCUAGAAGGUCAAGACUAAGGAAACAGGCUGAGACUGAAGAACUCGCUAGGAAAGUAGAAGCCUUGACAGCAGAAAACAUGGCGUUAAGAUCUGAACUAAACCAACUUAGUGAGAAAUCUGAUAAGCUAAGAGGAGCUAAUGCAACUUUACUGGACAAGCUGAAGAGCUCAGAACCCGAAAAGAGAGUUAAGAACUCAGGAGACAACAAGAACAACAAGAACCAAGGGGAGAGUGAGUCUAACUCUACCAGCAAACUGCAUCAACUGCUGGAUACAAAGCCUCGAGCUGAUGGUGUAGCUGCCCGCUAGCUAACGAAUGUUCGAUCAUAACACUCUGGAGUCGACUUCUACUUAAUUUGUCGACAGAGAAACAAAGAAAAACAAGUGUUUGCUAAUUCCAGAAAACUUGUUAGAUAGUAUUAGAAGAGAUGGAAGAGAUGAUUUGAUAUCUAUAUAGAUUUUCAGGGUUGUUAAUAUCGAGAGGCUCUAUUUUUAUAUAUCGCUUUCUUUCUUUCUUUGUUGGACUUGGAUCUAAUAGAGACCUGAUGUAGUUUGUAUGAGAGACAUCUCUCAGAUCGGUGUUUGUUGCUUUGCGUAAGCUCUGUUUUGCUUUGAUAAUAAAUCAAAUAACAAAUAUUUCAAUAAAUCUCCACUCAGAAUCUGG